AAAGUAUAAUUAAAUUUAAAAUGGCUGCUGGAACAAGAUGGAGAAAUGAUUCUUUUCUACGCCAAUAUUUGGGAUCUGGAAAAGAGUUGCCAACAGCUGAACUGCCAACACUGAGAGAUGUCCUAAGAUAUGGUAUUUUUUUAAGAGAAACAAGCAAACUAAACAGAAGAAACUAUAGUAAUUCUGAUUUGAUCCAGAAUAUUUAUAAUAAAAUUUCAGAAAAAUGGCAAAUGGCCAGUGUUUUAUUUGUGCCUCCCGUAAUUAGUUUAAAACAUAAUUUGGUAACAAGACUUAAAGUUGCAUGGAACAAAGCUAACCUGAUUUCUCAAAAUAGAGCAAGUAAACUUAUAAAACAAAAGUUUAAUUUAAUUAUUGACAAACUAUUUGAUUUGGUGGAGUGUAACUGUAAAAUAUCUCUUUGUUCUGAGCAAUGCUGUUCUACUGACUGUAAAGUUGGUGCCCACAUUACCUGCAUAUGUCCUAGGGAGAGAAAAAUACCAAUAAAUGAACUGGUUUAUAUAAAAGCCCAACGAGAAAAGAUUGGAUCUUUAAGUUCAUAUCAACUUGGGCCUGCUGAUUUGAUGGAGUCCAAAAAGUUCAAAAAAGUACAAAGUUGCAAACGAAGAAGAGAAGAAGAAAAACAAAUGAGAGAAAAAAAACACACUAAUUAAAAAGAAAAUAAUACGCAAUAUGAACAAGAUAACGAACAUGAAAAUUAUGAAGAGAAAUCUAAUGAAAAUGAGAUUUUUUCUAUUCAAAAGCCUUGUACAAAAUAUUUAAAAAAAUCUAGAAAUUAUGAAGAUAAUA